AUGCAGUCUCGAUUAUCUGUUACUAGUCAAUCCAAACAAACCACUAUCUUCUCUGCAUUCCAAAAGUGGAAAUCUCUAGAGAAGAAACAACAAAUAAUGAAAUAUCAGAUGAAAACAAAAUGCAUUACACCAGUGUUGAUAGAUCUGUCCCAGUUGGAUACUGAUUCAGAUUCUGAUAUGGAAACUACAGCAGGAACAAGAUUAGCUAAUGAUUGUUCACAAAUAGUGAAACUUGAAUAUUCUGAGAUGAUUGGAGUAAACAUACCAAACAAACCCUUGAGCAAACCUAAUGCUUCCUCAACUCCUCUAAAGUUACAAAAUCUUAUGCAAAAUAGUUUUCUGUCUGAUGAGGAAUCAUCUCAGAGCACUGUCAUACUUGAAGAAUCAGAGGGUAGCUUGGAGGACACCAUCAAUUUAGAAGAUUAUGUUGGAAAGGUCAUUUUUGAUGAAACUCUUUCGCGUACCUCAUCAGAAGAUAUCAAAAAUAGUAAACCUUCAUUAGUUCCAUAUGCUUCCAAUAUAACUGAAAUGGUAGUUGCCAGACAAUCUGGAGGAUAUAAGAUGAAUCCAGAACCACUGGACAAAAAUAGAAAGCUACAAGAAAAUGAGAACAAAGCUUUGGAUAAAUCCCCAACAUUGACUCAUAAAAGUCCCACAAAAAGAAAAGCUGAUGAUGUACCUAAUGAAGAAAUUUCAGAGAAAAGCCCUAAGAGAGAGUCAAAGAGAAUGAACAACAAUUAUUUGAUUGUUAUGAAUGACUUGUUUGAAAAUGUACACAAUUCACCAUACUUAAGAACUCUUGUUGAAGCAGAAAAGCCAGUUCUGAAUAUGAUGGUUACUGCUGAUCCAAAAUACUUCUUUGUUUGUCUAAAGCUUUGCACCUGGCUACCAAAGUGGUACAAUAUAUUCAAGUUUUGUGAGAAGAUCAUGGUUGGAUUGGAAGAGAAUGAAAUCAUUAACUUGUAUAAGUUUUUGAAACACAAUGAAAUUGUAGAUAUAAACAUCUGUGAACAGGACUUGCUGACCCUAUUGAAUGAUCUGAGCAAAGUGCAAUUGAAAAGCAUAUGUGACAAAUUCAAAAUGUUGAAAACACUGACAUCAAAAUCCACAAUGAGAAAAGAAGACAUUAUACAAUCUCUUCUCAAAUAUUGCAAUACCCAAUCUACCUUAUUGAAAAAAACUGCAAAGGAUUUAUUGAUGGAAGAAGUAGAACGACAAAUGGAAUAUUGUGUGAAACUGAAUGAUAGCUUCAGAGAAACUUUCUAUAACGCUUAUAUAUUGGGAACUUUUACUAAUCCCGCUUUCGAUGAUAUCAGAGAUUUUUUCAAUAAUAUGCUCAAUUUUAGAACUGUUUUUCCCGAAUAUAAAGUGGAAGAUCAUAUGGUAUUCUCCAGUAAAGAUGAGUUUAAAAGCUAUGUUGAAGCCAGAAAACUGAGGGAAUGUAUAGAAGACAAUAUGCAGUCUAAAAACCAUUUGGAGUUGCUGCAGCAAUCAAAGAAGGCCUUCCAGGCUUUGAAGGAACUUAUUAAUACCAAUGUGAAUAAAAAUCAGGAUCAAGAAAGGUACAAAGCUGUUCCUCAUCUCAGAAAAUUCACUGCUCAAGAGGUAUAUAUCAGUUGCUUGUCAAUGGUUACAGAAUCACUUACAACAAAGUAUCCUGAUGAAGUAAGACAAUGGCUGGAAUAUCUGAUAGAACAUUUUCCCUCUUCUACUCGACUUGGCGAUUGGUAUUAUCAAUUAACCUGGUUAUAUAUGAGGUAUUUGCAACCAAAUGAUAACGAGCAUGCAGCAAAACUGAUAAUAGAAGUUUUACGAUCUGAUCGUGACAACUUGUCUGAUGUGCAGUUGCAACAAAUAGGAAGAAGGAGUGAAAAGUUGAAAGCAUCAAGGAAAAGUAAAAUUAAACAACUCGACCAUGAUACUAUUGCUGAGUUGGUGCCAGAAACUAUCAAGCUGGAAACUUUCCCUGCUACCACUGUGGAUGCAACAGCUAUAAGGAGUACUGAUAAAGGUCGAAAAAGAAACUACGUUGUGCAUGACACCGAUGGGAACAAAAGAUAUAUGUCUGUGGAAAACAUCGCAUUAGAAUACUACAUUGAAAAAUGUGGUUAUUCAGAUGGGACACAUUGUGAAGGAUCUCUAAUAAAAGCUACGUUCACCCUCUUCUUUUGGGACAUAAUCUACAACCCCGACAAAGUUGUCCCGGGUACUUUUCUAUCAAAAAUCCAAAAUGUUCCACUCGAUAUGUAUUCAACCCAUUUUUACGGAAACAGAAAACAUGCCAUUGAUAGGCGGCUCAAAGAAAUCGAAUCUGAUUGGCCGGAUGAAGAAUUGUUGCGAUUCGUGAAAAGAAGCUGGGAGUUGCAUUCUCAUGAGCAUGGUUACUGUGAACCCGGCCUAAUUAUAAAGAAUUCAGAGUUUUUGGACAUUUUGGUGAAUUGUAUCGGGAGGAAAAUUCUUGCGAAGAUUUAUGAACGCUUGGUGAAAAAUUUGCGGCUGUACAGCAGCGGUUUACCCGAUUUAUUGGUUUGGAAUAUUGAUAAUAAAAAGAGCAAAUUUGUUGAGGUGAAAGGUGAAAACGACAAACUAUCUAUCAAACAGACAUUAUGGCUGAACUAUUUAAUUUCCAUUGGUGCCAAUACUGAAGUAUGCCAUGUUCAUUCUAUGGGUUCGAAAAGAAUGAAAUUGAAGAGUUCAGAAGAAAAUGGGAAGCAAGCAAAACUCAGUGAAAAAGAAGUGGAAGGUGAAGAAAACAAAGGCGAUAAUGAGAAAAGAAAAUCACCUAGAAAGAAACCAAAACUCAGUGAAAAGAAAGUGAAAGUUGAAGAAAACAAAGUCGAUAAUGAGGAAAGAAAAUUAGCUAAAAAGAAAGAAAGAAAAGCAAAAGUGGGUAAUGGGAAAAGGAAACAGAAAGAGAAGAACGAAAAACUCGAUGAUCAGUCCCAAAAGUCGGAUGUUUCAGAAUUUUGUGAAACUGUUUUGGAAUGUCAUUUAGAUGAAAGAGCCUCUACUUCAUCCAGUGAGACAAAGAAAGAAAACGCUAAGAUGAAUAAGAAAACACAAAAUAAAAGUACUUCAGCUUGCAGCUCAAACGCCAGUCACCUUGAUGAGGUUUCAGGUAUUAUUCAUGAGAAUUCUGAUUCAGUGCCAGACUAG